UUGAGCUCGGCAAACUGCUCGACAGUCGUCUCAGUCUGUCGACGGAAUCCUAAGCUCUCCCAUCCGACAUCCGCCUCUUCCGUAUCUAUAUUCGAUCCAUUCCCGAUUUCCCCACCAACAAAUUCAACAAAUUUCUGUUGAACCCUUUUCAAAUUCUUUAAGGGCCGCGGCUUUGACACUCAUCCAUUCUUUUAUUUCGGGACCUCCUUUUUGGUGCAGUUUGUUUCCGUCACGUUUUAAAAAAGUUUAAAUAAGAAGUUGCCUCCAGCGCCAUGGCCUGUAAUUCAUCGGGACCGGAAGUUUUAGUGAUCCUUGUGUACUGACGACAUUCAAUAGAUCCCCCCAGUCAAAGUGUGAACAAGAACUCGAAUAGUCGUGUCUGGUGGGAGAACUGAAAAUCCCUUGCCUCUUCAAAUCCGACGAACGGAGGAGCCAACACACGAAAAAAGGGAAACGAGACGGGCAGACACAACAAACACUGUGACGGAGAAAAGAUCCAAAAAAAGAGGCAACUCGAGCCAACCCCGAACGGAACAUAAAUAAAUCAGCGGGGGCCAUCGGAAACAAUUUCUGCAAAGAUGGCGGGGAAUCAAAGCAGAUCAUUAGCGGCGGCCGGACAGGAGCCGCCGCAAUAUCUCAACUUAUCUUCGUGGCCGGUGGACGCUUCAUCAUACUACAACUACUUAUUGCACUAUUGCAACAACAACAGCACGCCAGCAGCUGCCGCAACCGCCGCCGCCGCCGCUUGCUGUGAAUGGAAUAACUGCAGUGUGGCCGGUAAUAUUUUCCUGGAGGUGGCCGGCACCGCCGACGACAACAACAACAACAGCGGCAACGCCAGCGAUUAUUGGAUCAACUCGACAAACCCACAGCGACCCGAAGACAAUUUGAUAUUCACCAGCUUGACUUCGGCCAUCUUGGGAGUGCUCAUACUGGCCACAAUCGUCGGUAACGUGUUCGUGAUUGCGGCCAUCCUGCUAGAGAGGCAUCUACAUUCCGUGGCGAAUUACCUCAUAGUUUCGCUGGCAGUGGCCGAUCUGCUCGUCGCCUGUCUGGUCAUGCCUCUGGGAGCCGUCUACGAGAUCAGCCAGAGAUGGAUCCUCGGACCCGAACUGUGUGACAUGUGGACCUCUUCAGAUGUCCUCUGCUGCACGGCAUCCAUUCUUCACUUGGUGGCCAUAGCAACCGACAGAUACUGGGCCGUGACUAAUCUGGACUACAUCCACAAUCGCAAUGUCAGUCGCAUCGGGACGAUGAUUUUCCUCGUCUGGGCUGUUGCGCUGAUUGUAUCCGUUGCGCCGCUGUUCGGUUGGAAAGACGCCGAAUUCCUGGACCGAGUCAACAUCCAGCAGCGCUGCCUCAUCAGUCAAGACGUUUCCUAUCAAAUCUUUGCCACUUGCGCCACAUUCUACGUCCCUUUGGCCGUCAUUCUCAUCGUUUAUUGGAAGAUCUUCCAGACGGCCAGGCGGAGGAUACGCAAACGUCCCAAUCAGAACCAUCAGCAGGAGCAGCAGCUGGACCACCACGGCGGCCACCUCAAUCACGACGCCAACGACAAUCGAAAAAUGAUGCGCCGCUGGUUCAAGUGUCCGGCAGCUGGCGCCUCAUCGUCGGCCGAAGAAUCGGAACACAUCAAAGAAGACGAGCCACCUGCUAGGACCAGCUCAGACGACGCCAUGGCCAUCGCCACCGCAGACGACGGCGGCCAGCACACACCCAAUCAGCAGACGACGGCCUUCACCAUCGAAAUUCCCGACGUCAACGCCGCAAUGCCCAUCACGCCGGAGAGCAACGCGGCCGUGGCGGCCGUCGCCAACCGGCAGUCGCCGCUCAACGGUUCGACCGUGGCUCUGAGCAGCAGUCCCGUCAUUAUCAAACCACCGUCGGCGGGUCCGGCGGCGACGGCCAGAACGACCGAGAACGCAGUGCGGAAGAAAAGAGAGACGCUGGAAGCGAAACGUGAGCGCAAGGCGGCCAAGACGCUGGCCAUCAUCACGGGCGCCUUCGUUGUCUGUUGGCUGCCGUUUUUCGUCUGCGCCCUGCUGAUGCCUUUGAGACCCGACUGGGUCUUUGAUGAGACAAUGCUGUCCGUCUUCCUCUGGCUCGGCUAUUUCAAUUCAACGCUCAACCCCAUCAUCUACACCAUCUUCAGCCCGGAAUUCCGGCAAGCCUUCAAGCGGCUACUUUGCGGCAAGGCGGCCGUCAACGGAACUUCGGCGUAUCGACCACGAAAACUUCGUUGAAUACAAAACAAAUUCACCACCUACCAUAACCAGAAAACAACACGAAAAAAAAGAAAAUAAAAUCCCCAGUGUGCUGGAUGUACAAUUUGUGUGAGAGUGAAUAUUUGUUACUGUAUAAAUAUUGAUGUAGAGAAAAAUAAUUUCCAACAUAAACAUUUACGCAUUUAGAUAGACGGGUUGCGCCAUAUUACGUGUUACAUAAUAUAUUCUAACAUCAAAUCUAUUCUAUUUAUCUAAUCGAAUCAAA